AUGCUCCCCGCUGUUUGCCUCCUCCCAAUGUGUCUCCCGGGCUCCAGAAUCGUUAUGAACGUUGACGUCAUCGAUGCGACGGCGGAGGCGCUCCCGCUGGAGCUGUUGAACGCAACGAACAAGGAGCUGACGGCGCAGCUGUCGCGGCACGAGCAGCUGUGCGAUGAGAAGAUACGUGCGAUAGAGGACCUGCGGAGGCGGCUGCAGUUCAUGAAGGAGCACCUCAGCAACGUGCGUGGGGAGAUCGUGAGCACCCAGAGCCUGGUGGAGUGCAAGCGGCGCGAGGUGGAGUCCGGAACGCACAUGUACCGCCUCCUCGACCGCGAGUGCGGGCGGCUGAGGCAGGGGCA